CUAUCCUUCUCUCUCUUCUUCAUUCCAUGUGAGUAGUAAGAUGCUUUAGAAGGCAUCUGUGUACGGAUUACUAUCUUUAAGCUCCUUCGACGUUGUAUCCUCCUGGCCACCAUGGUGACAAGCAUGGCUCUCAACGAUCCCGAGGCCUACACCAUUGGCUGGAUCGCUACGCUGCCCACCGAACGGGCCGCUGCAGUCGCCAUGCUGGACGAGAAACACGCUGACCCAAAGGGCUUUAUGAGGCAUCCGAAAGACACCAACGUCUAUACCUGGGGCCGUAUGGGUGAGCACAACAUUGUGAUCGCCUCUCUUGCCGCUGGCAUUUAUGGAAUCACCUCGGCCGCUAUCACAGCCUCGAGCCUGUCUUCGUCACUCCCGUCCAUCAAAAUCGGUCUCCUGGUAGGAACCGGUGGGGGAAUCGCUCGGCCGGGCGGGAACCGUGACAUCCGACUCGGUGACGUGGCUGUUAGCCAGCCUGACGGAACCAUGGGCGGCGUCUGCCAGUACGACUUUAUCAAGGCGAGGCCCGGCAACCGUCGUGAGCGAAAGGGCUUUUUGGGAAUGCCUCCAACCGUCUUUCUUAAAGCCCUGGCAAGCAUUCAAGCAGACCACGAGAUCGAAGACUCGAAGGUUCCCCGAUUUCUGGAAGGCAUGCUGAAGAACAAUCCCAAGAUGGCAGAGAACUCAAAGUAUAAUCCUGGCUAUGUGCACCAGGGAUUCGACAGCGACCGACUUUUUGAUGCAUCGUACGAGCAUGUCCCUGGGCAAGAUUGCCAAAACUGUGAAGCAGCAAAAGAGAUCGAACGUGAACCACGAGACACGGCGGAUCCCGAGAUCCAUUACGGCAUUAUUGCGUCUGGCAACACACUUGUCAAGGAUGCCGCCGUCCGCGAGCAAAUAAUCGCUGACGUGGGAGAGGAAUGCAUAUGCCUCGAGAUGGAAGCUGCGGGCCUGAUGAAUCACUUUCCAUGUCUCGUCAUACGCGGCAUUUGCAAUUACGCCGACUCUCACAAAAAUGAUCGUUGGCAGCGCUACGCUUCAGCCACCGCCGCUGCCUUUGCGAAGGAGUUUCUUGCAUAUGUGCCGGCUGCAGAAGUCCGAGAUCCAAGAGAGCGUUUGAAAUUCUUGAGUCUGCUCACGGUCACGCAACAAGCCACACUUGAAGUGGAAGAAGAGGUAGAUUUAAUGGUUUCCAGCAAUCAGCGAGAGAAGAUCCACUACUAGCCUCUGCCUCCUCCCGAUCCAACUACCAACGCCAACCAUGCGAGAAAGCUUUGUCGUGAGUGAACGGGUGACUGGCUUCGAGAAAUCACAGAGUCUAAGAACUGGGUUGCUGGAACAUAUCGACAAUCGUCGCCAGAUUGCCUUGCUGGUUGCGGCCAAACGGUCCUCGGCAGUACGACAUU